AUGCAAUCCAUCCUUCAGAAAACAACAGGCAUUGGUCCUCAAGUCGUCAAACCCGAACAUCUCGAAGGCCGCGUCGCAAUAGUAACAGGCGGCGCCCUCGGAAUCGGCUAUGAAGUAUCUCGCGCCCUCGCCCACGCCGGCUGCAAGGUCAUAAUGAUCAACCGUAAAGAAGAACAGGGCCAAGAAGCCAUUUCCACCAUCCAAAAUGAAAAUUCUGACGCUCAAGUUGACUGGAAAGAAUGCGACAUGGGAAACCUCGCUCAGAUACGCGAAGUCUUUGGUGGUCUUCGCGAAUCUCUUGAUAGACUUGACUUUUUGGUUCUUUCUGCGGGCAUCAACACGAAUCAAUUCGGGUUGGACGCUGAUGGGAUUGAACGACACUUCGGUGUAAACUUUCUGGGACAUUUUUACGUGUGCAAUCAGCUUUGGCCGCUGUUGAGAAAGACGGGAAAGAUGGAGAACACGCCGCCGCCGAGAGUUGUGUUUGAGGCGAGUGAGAUGCAUCGCCUCGCACAGCUGUCAAACAUCCAAUUCAGGAGUAAAGAUGAGAUCAACGAUCCAAACCUUGAUUCCACAGCUCGAUACAACAGGACCAAACUUGCGAUGAUCUUGUUUGCAAAGUAUGGAUUAGCUGGAAAGGUUAUUCAGGGAAACAAGGAUAGGAUAUAUGCCCUUUCUGUGCAUCCCGGAGCAGUCAAUACCUCGAUGCAGCAGCAGUGGAAAGACGCCUACCCCGGCCUGACAGGAAAACUUCUGUCCUGGGCUAUGCUGGCCAUCGGACGGGACGUCGAGCAAGGAUCUUACAGUGCACUCUGGGCGCUGACUUCACCCAAGAUCGAAGAAGAGGAUCUAAAUGGGUAUUACUUUUCUGACCCUGAUCAGGAGGGCAAGGAAACGAGUCAGGCUUCAAACCCUGAGCUGGCAAACAGCUUGUGGAACCUGAGUGAGACUCUUAUUGAGGGGGUGUUGGGCAGUGAUGCUUUACUUGACUGGAAUGUGUCUACGGUCACUGGUAAGGAUCUUAAGUAA